GCGAACACUCAUCACCAUCGUCUCGACGUCCACCUUCGUAGACAGAAUUGCACUUGCUUUCUGGGAUUGUGCGGCCCGGGAAUGCCUUUCUAGACGACUGUCAAUCACCGCCUUACGUUCACUACGACCUGCCCGCCGGCUAAAAUGGGGGUCUUCUUCAGCUUGCUCUCUGCUGCAUACUACAUGCCGAAACUGCACUUUGGGUCUGUACCUGCGACUAUCGCAACGAAGAGCGCGGCAAGCUCUAAAGCUAUUGAGCGAAUCACGCUACGUGACUUCGUCCAGCUCCGGUGCCCGUCGCUGUUCGAGGAGUUCCGCCCGGCAUGGUGGCUGAAGAGUGGUCAUUUGCAGACAGGGUAUUGCGUUCUCGGCGACUUUUCCAAAAUAGACAAGGUUGAAUACGAUAGAACGCUGCUUCGGACGCUCGAUGGCGGGACCAUUGGAAUUGAUUCGACCCCACCCGCACAAGAACGCACCCUGAAAGAGGACACGCCCAUCAUUGUGGUUCUGCACGGGCUCACAGGAGGUUCUCAUGAGUCAUACGUCCGAUCCAUCCUCGCCCCAGCAUGCACGCCCGUCGAGCAAGGCGGCUUGGGAUAUCGGGGAAUCGUGGUCAACUUUCGCGGGUGUGCCGGCGUGCCUCUUACGAGCCCGCAACUGUACUCGGCGCUGUACACCGACGACAUCCGGGUGGCGGUCAUGUACAUCCACAAGCAGUACCCCCGCGCACCCCUCAUCGGCAUUGGCUUCUCCCUUGGCGCGAACGUGCUCACACGGUACCUCGCAGAGGAAGGCGAGAAGAGCCGGCUCGUUGCGGGCUGUGCGCUGGCUUGCCCGUGGGAUCUAGUCGCGUCCAGUGAUCAUCUGAGCAGCCGCUUCUUCCACCGGCACGUAUAUUCCAGCGGAAUGGCCCAGAACCUGCAGAAGCUCAUGGAGCGGCAUUCGAAGGCGCUCUCCAAGUUCCCAGACUCGCCUGCGUGGAGGGCCGCGCAGGCGGUCGCCGCGAAGAAGAGCAUGUCGUUGAUCGAGUUUGACGAUACCGUGACCUGCGUCUGCGGUGGCUCUUACCCGCCGUUCCCGUUCGCGACGGCGUACGACUACUACCACGCGGCGUCGAGCCACAGGGUGCUGGGGGGCAUUCGCGUGCCCUUCCUCGCCCUGAAUUCCGACGACGACCCGAUCGCGAGCAACAUGCCGAUCGGAGAAGCCGACAACGGUUUUGUGGUGCUGGGGCUCACGAAGGGGGGUGGGCAUCUCGGCUGGUUCGAAGCCGGAAAGCACUUCGGCCAGGUGGACAGGUGGAUUCGCAAGCCUGUGCUUGAAUGGAUUCGGGCGAUGGGCCAGGACUUUGUGCCAGAAGGAGAGCGAGGGCAGCCAACGCACCAGGUAGACGGGUUCCUCAAGGAGAUUGGGCGCGACGAUAUCGGCUGCAAAGAGAUCGAGGGUGGCGGCCAUAUCGUUGGGGUGGAGGGCGAAGAGGGACUUCUUGCUGGAUUGUAGCGCUGGACUUUGUAUAGCGGGACAAC